AUGUCGUUACAAAAUUAUCGAUUCCCAUUAAGUGAUUAUUCCAAUUCUAGAAUGAACAGACUUGAACUGUUUGGAGGUAGUCGUCUAGCAGGUGCUACCACAACCACCUCAAUGACUACAUUACCUUCAAUCAAAUCUCUCAUUAACCAUACAUCUGUUGAUGACCAUCAACCAAGUUUGAUCCCCCAAUAUCAGCAUCAUUUACAUACUUUGCCAUCUGUUAUGGCCGAACCAUUACUAGAACGUUCACAUUCAUUACCAAUUCAUCCACUUAGAAACUACAGUGAAAUAUCGAAGAAAUUAAAAAUUAGAUUACAAUUUGCAUAUUAUAAAUAUAAGACUCAACAAAGUGAUUUGAAUUUUGCGGAUUUGAAAUGCCAACAUGCUGUUCAAAAACAUGCCAAUGUCCAUAGAAAGGCUUCACGUAAGAUCUCGAAGAGAAGAAAAUUAGUAGUCUCUCAAGGUAAUUAUAGAACACCAUCAAAGAAACAUACAACUCAACCAUUAUUAAAUUCUGGCGAUGAUACAAUCUUCUCAAAAUCUUAUAAUACAUGUGUCGAUUCAAGUGUAUCCACAACAACCAUUAAUAACAUCAAACUUUCUAAUGCUACUGUGAGGAAUCAAAACGAUACUACAGUAGUGAAUACAAUGACAACACCUAUACGUGAUCAACAAAAGAUAAAUAUGUUAGUAAAACAAGAGACGCCAAUGAGUGUAAAGGCUGCAAAGUCUUUAAUGCAUUUGUUCACUAGCAGUAGUCAACUUUAA